GCGGCAGCGGUGGCGGCGGCGGCUCUGGAGGCCGCAGUCCGCGCGUCCCGGCUUCGGCCCCGUGCCGCACCAUGGUGACGCUCGCAGAGCUGCUGGUGCUGCUGGCCGCGCUGCUGGCCACGGCCUCGGGCUACUUUGUCAGCAUCGACGCGCACGCCGAGGAGUGCUUCUUCGAGCGGGUCACCUCGGGCACCAAGAUGGGCCUCAUCUUCGAGGUGGCGGAGGGCGGCUUCCUGGACAUCGACGUGGAGAUCACAGGACCAGAUAAUAAAGGAAUCUAUAAAGGAGACCGAGAGUCCAGCGGGAAGUACACGUUCGCAGCCCACAUGGAUGGGACAUACAAGUUCUGCUUUAGUAAUAGGAUGUCCACCAUGACUCCAAAGAUAGUGAUGUUCACCAUUGACAUUGGGGAGGCUCCCAAAGGACAGGACAUGGAGACAGAAGCUCAUCAGAACAAGCUAGAAGAAAUGAUUAACGAGCUGGCUGUGGCCAUGACAGCUGUGAAGCACGAGCAGGAGUACAUGGAAGUCCGGGAGAGAAUACACAGAGCCAUCAACGACAACACAAACAGCAGAGUGGUCCUUUGGUCCUUCUUCGAAGCUCUUGUUCUAGUUGCCAUGACAUUGGGACAGAUCUACUACCUGAAGAGAUUUUUUGAAGUCCGGAGGGUUGUUUAAAAGGCCUUUUCCUGUUGAUCCCAAACAUGAUUUACUUGUUUACCAAACACCUUGGUCAUAAUAAUGUCAUUAGUUUAUACAUUUUUAUUUUCUGAAUGUUCAUGACUUACGUUUCUUUGUGAUUAGUAGGUGUUGGGGAAAGCCUGUUUAGGAAAGUUAGAGUGAAAAUUUGACAUUUGAUUGGCCUAUAAUUCUUACUUGAAUGCUGCCCCAUUAUACAGGUCCUUCCAAGAGUUCAGAGGCUGUCAGUGAUGUCUGGGGUUAUAUUCUUUAUUAUGUUUUCACCUGUGGUUUUUAUAAUAAAAUGCAGUCUGUCCAGGGAGUAGCUCAUAGCCUCGAAAUACCUUGUUAAUUGACUGCAUUCUAGGAGUCCCUCAGCUGUGGUCCAUCAUCAGAGGUUCCUUCUGUUGAGCCAUUACAGCAACAGUGAUCUGAAUCUUGACCCUUCUGGCCCUGCCUGAGGGCAGAGCAACCUGACCGGGCAUGUUACCAGGGUGGGCACUCAGACUUUCCCUUGAGUUUGCUUUAAACUAAAGAUCCAUCCCAACACCUCCCUCUAAAUUUUUAUAUUGAAUUUUAGAUCUGAAUCACCUCUAUUUGAAUUGACAAAAACAGCUUCCACAGACGUCUGCGGAAGCCAGUUUCCCAGGUGUCGGAGCAGACUGUGGCCCUUCUGUGCUGAAUAGUCUGUCAAUUGUCAGCACUUAGGAAGAGCAAAUUCGCUCAGUGGAAGCCUGCACUUCUCACGCCAAAGGCUUAAGCCUUUCGGAUUGCUUGCAGUGAUAGGCAGCCAAUGUUGUCUUUCUAGUCAGUUACCUUUGGGCUCUGGUCUUCAGUGUCAGCACUAGGGUUUUGUUUGUCCUCUG